GAGUUGUGCAGUGUAAUAUGAGUGGCAACUCUUAAAUGCAAUGUAGUGAUUUUUUCAUUAUAGUAGUGGUACUAAAAAACGUUGGAAAAAAGAAAAAUUAUUUUCUUUAAAAAAAAUGCACAAAAAUUUAGAGUAUUGCAUAGCUAUUGCUCUAGCUCAAGCCAUUAAACAAAAGCAGCAGAAUAAAAGAAAGCGUCUUUGGAUGAACGAGUGCUUUAGGAAAAGAAAUCAGUUUACGCAUGAAAAACUCCUCCAUGAACUUAAAUUGGGCACGACAAGUGAUUUUACCAUAGAUGAAGAUUCCUUUGAGGAAAUUUUAACUUUAGUUGGACCUAAAAUACAAAAACAAGAUACACAAAUGCGUGAGGCCAUCUCGCCGGCUCAACGUUUAACUAUAACUUUAUAUUAUCUGGCUACAGGCAAAUCAUUUGCGGAUUUAAGAGGCAUUAGCUAUAUAUCGGAACGUGCUAUAGGGCGGAUUGUUUUGGAAACAUGCAAUGAAAUAAACAUUACACUAGCAAAUUAUAUAAAGCUACCCUCCAACGAAGAUGAGUGGAAAAAACUUGCAGCAAACAUCUAUCACAAUUCAAAUUUUCCCAAUUGUUUAGGUAUAAUAAAUGGAAAGCACAUUCCUAUAAGAAAACCAUCUAAAUCUGGUGCCUUAUAUUAUAACUAUAGAAAAUUCUUUAGCCUGGUCCUAAUGGCAAUAGUAGAUGCAAAUUACGAAUUCAUUAUGGUGGAUGUUGACACAAAUGGUGGAGUAUGCGAUGGUUAUGACAAUACAACAUUUGUAAGGACAUUAACGGAAGGCGCAUUAAAUCUACCAAAGUCAGGCGUUUUGCCAUCAAGCGAACAGGAAAUGCCUUAUGUGUUUGUGGGAGAUAGUGGUUUUCAGCUGACAAACAAUAUAUUGACACCAUUUUCUCAAUCGUAUCUAAGCGAUGAAGAAAGUAUUUACAAUUAUCGCUUGAGCUGUGCCCAACGUAUUGCGGAAAGUGCUUUUAACAUAUUACUUUCCCGAUUUAAAGUUUUACAAAGAACAAUUGGUCUUUCGCCGGAAAAAGCUCAAACUAUUGUUUUAACUUGUUGUUAUUUACAUAAUUUUUGGAUCAGAAAGAUGAAGCGGAAAUGUAUUUCUGUAGAAUCAGUGAACUAUCACCUAUCGACGCCAUUGCAAAGAACACAUUGUAAAAAUGCUACAAGCGCUGCUCAGUUAGUGAGGGACCAAUUUUGCAGUUAUUUUAAUAAUGAAGGACAAGACUUGUGGCAAAUUGUAAAUUGAUCGACUAGAUGUGUAUAUAUUUGGAUAAUGUCGUCUAAAAUCUAGUCUAAAGUCGAGUCUAUUAUCUUGUCUUUAGUCUAAUCUAAUCUAUGGUAUAGUAUAUAAUGUCGU